AUUUGGACACUGUCUGACUCCCCUCGGUUGGUGUGAGACUGUCUUUUUGUGGGAGCGCGCUUUGGAACGCGCACACUGCAAAGCGUCCUUUUCGUUUCCAUGGAGACCUCGGACGGUAACAGAACACGGAGGAAAAGGUGUCCGAUUCCGAGUCUAGUUUUGAACACCAGAAUUUCACCUUUAACUCUUGAGCGACGUGUUUUGGACAUUUAAUAAACUCUGAAAUCUGCCAGGAUUAUCGUUUCGGUGAUUUGCCGUGGUACAGCUGUAUGACCCUGGAAGUUUCCUCCUGGGAGAGAAAUGGAGAAUAGCUCUCAUAUACUGCCACCUUCGUCACCAUGUCCUUCCACUUUUGGAGGGUCCCUGCCUUUUUCCUCCUCGCCGCAGCAAACCUGCUCAGAUGGCCGUGUUUCACUCCCGCUUUCACCUAUUUCAUUCCCCCCAUCUCCUACCUCACUUUCUCCAGCAACAGGAGAGUCUAGUGACUCUUCCUCGCCUCUUUUACACUGCACAGCAUCUCAGUGUUUUGAGGGACAAAACAUUCAGUGCCUCAUUCCUGCAAACAUAACUGACCAGGAUGACCUGACCUGCCUCAACUGGCUGCAUCAGAGAGGUAACCUCCUACCGCUGCAGCCCCUUCCCAAAAUGACGCCACUGCCUCAGCUAGAGUCCUCCGCACCUACCCAAGUUCUUCCUUCUGCCACGUCCAAGCCACCGUACUCCUUCAGUAGUCUGAUUUUCAUGGCAAUAGAAGACUCACCUGACAGGAGGCUUCCAGUGAAGGACAUCUAUGUUUGGAUUGUGAACAAUUUCCCCUACUACAGAACAGCUUCUGGAGGCUGGAGGAACUCGGUUCGACACAACUUGUCCCUGAGCAAGAGCUUUCGUCGCAUUCAGAGGGACAAGAGCCAGUCAGUGGGGAAGGGAUCUCUGUGGUGUGUGUGUCCCGAGUAUCGACCGGUGCUCCUCGAGGUGCUGAGGAAGACCCACAGUUAUCACAGCACCAACAUCAAUUUGUUAAAUAAGCCUGCAUUGUUGGAAGGAGCUGAAUUUGGGGUGCCUGCAGUGUGCGACUCUAUGGAAAUGUCAGAUCCUCUCUCUCACACCCUUCUUUCCACGCCCUCAUCCCAAAUCCUGACCACUGAUAAUUCAACUUUCUCUGAAAACCCACCAUGCCCUUUGACUCCGGAUCACGAGGAGCUUGUAACAAUGGAGUCAGUUGAAUACCACCAGGAGGAGAUCAGCGAGGAGAUGGAGAAGGACCCCCUGUCAGACAGCGGGUAUAUUGAGUUACACUAUUACCAGUCUCACCAUUACCAGUACCUGGUCCUGCCAGGUGACACAGAGUUGGACCUGGAGACUGUGGAGAUCCUUCAGCUUGAUGCCGAGGCCCAGGAGGCAGCUGGGUCACUGCUGGACCUAGCAGGUGGUGGAUAUUAAUGUUAUGUCCAAUUUAACAAUCACAACUGAUGCAAUGCUUCAAUUCUUUGUAAGCAAAUACUUCAACAAAGCAACAUAAACGGGGAUUUAUGUUUUAAAGUCUUAAGUGAUAAUGGAUGGAGUGAUAAUGUUUGGCAAAUCGGCUGCAUCUCCCUGAGACAUUGACACUGCCCUAAGGCUUGUUUUGUAGUUAGGUAAAAAUAUACAGUAGAUCACCAUUUUGAUGGACUAACAGACAAUGGAUCACAUACGUGUUCAGGCACUUUCAAUGCAGAAGCUGAUUUUAUCACUAUCCCAUACAUAUAAUCACAUCCUGGACAAAGACUUGCGAGUGUAAUGUUGAACUGAAAAAUGCGGACAAAAUUAUUCAUUGAGAUUUCAAAACUGAGGGGAAAGUAUUAAUAGAGUAUGAUUUGCAUUACAUUAGGUUUUCCACUGUGAUUUUUUUUUUAACACAAGUUCAUUCUCAGGGGUGGAAAAAGUGUUUCUAACUCAAGUAGAAGUAUGUUUCUCAAUUAAGAUGUUUCCCAAGUUAGGGUUAGUUAAAAAGUUAAUAAGUUAAGAUUAAUAUAGCGUUGAUUACCAUUUCAAUAUGAACAGGUUUUAACAAACAUUUCUUCUCCAAUUCUUUAAAGUGGUGUCCAUAUUUUCUUUAUAAAAGGGUUUUCAUGGGGGUUACUUUAUGAAGAAAACAAAUUACAAACAAACCUAAGAUGAGUAUCUUGCCCCUAUUACUGUAACUUAUUGAGAAAAUACUGCCUUUGAAAUAGUUGAGUAUAAUACUUAAAAAAUACUUAAUGUAUGAUGUAGUUGCAAAUGUAGAUUGCGCUUAAAAAGUGGGAAAGCACUUCUCAAUUACAACAAUAUAAGUACUCUCAAUUGUAUUUCUCAAUUAAUUUCUUUACACCCAUUGUCAUUCUUCAGAUAAUGUUUGCUAGAAUUGAUUUUUUGUACAUGAUUUUAUGUUAAGUGAAUGUCUUUACAUGUUUGUGAAUUUUAAAACCUAGAUAUAUGAUCUUGUAAGCUAAGCUAAAUUGUCUUCAAUCAGGAAUAGUUUGAUUGGAAUUUUGAGUUAAAAUGCAAAAUGAACUCACUGCCAUUUAAACCACUUGACAAUUCAGGGUACACUGAAUUUCUGUUUGUAAAUUAGAGUUAGAUUUUGAACGCUAACAAAUAAUAUCUGUCAUGCCGUUCUUGUGAAUUAAAUUACCUGUUUUUUAUGUUCA